AUGGUUCGCAGCCUAAACCUUAAGAAGGCAAAGAGGAAGAACAAGAAGAAGAAGGAAGAUCCGUCUUCUUCCUCGAUUCCUUCGAUGCCAACUAGGGUUUGGCAACCAGGUGUCGAUAAACUCGAAGAUGGUGAAGAACUUCAGUGCGACCCUUCUGCUUACAAUUCCCUUCAUGGAUUCCAUGUUGGUUGGCCCUGUUUGAGUUUUGACAUUUUAGGUGAUAAGUUGGGUAUGAAUCGAACUGAGUUUCCUCACACAGUUUAUAUGGUGGCUGGUACUCAGGCUGAGAAAGCAGCUUUCAACUCCAUUGGGUUGUUUAAAAUCACCAAUGUAUCUGGUAAGAGACGCGAUGUAGUGCCCAAGACACUUGUGAAUGGUGGAGAUGAUAUGGAAGAUGGCGAAGAUGAGAGCAGUGACAGCGAUGAGGAAAGCGAUGAUGGGGAUUCCAAGAUUCCAAACGUUCAGGUUCGUAGGGUUGCUCACCAUGGAUGUGUUAACCGCAUUCGUGCAAUGCCACAAAAACCUCAAGUCUGUGUCUCUUGGUCAGAUUCUGGUCAUGUACAGGUGUGGGACUUGAGCUCUCAUCUUAACGCUUUAGUGGAGUCAGAAACAGAAGGUAAAGAUGGAACUUCACCAGUUCUUACCCAAGCACCCGCAGCUAACUUUGCUGGCCACAAAGAUGAAGGAUACGCUAUAGACUGGAGUCAUGCAACUGCGGGAAGACUUCUCUCCGGGGACUGCAAGGGUAUGAUUCAUUUGUGGGAGCCUACUUCUGAUAAAUGGGCUGUUGAUCCUAUUCCGUUCGCCGGACACGCUGCAAGCGUUGAAGAUUUACAAUGGAGUCCAGCUGAAGACAACGUGUUUGCGUCGUGUUCUGUGGAUGGGAAUGUUGCAAUUUGGGAUAUUCGACGUGGGAAGUCGGCUGUGUUAUCUUUUAAGGCACAUAAUGCAGAUGUGAAUGUCAUCUCAUGGAACAGGCUGGCAAGUUGCAUGUUGGCCUCAGGUAGUGAUGACGGGACAUUUUCUAUCCGUGAUCUUAGACUUAUCAAGGAUGGAGAUGCUGUGGUUGCACAUUUUGAGUAUCAUAAGCAUCCUAUCACGUCCAUUGAGUGGAGCGCUCAUGAAGCCUCGACACUUGCAGUCUCUUCCGGCGAUAACCAGCUCACGAUAUGGGAUUUAUCCUUGGAGAAAGAUGAGGAAGAGGAAGCAGAGUUCAGAGCCCAGACCAAGGAAGAAGUCAACACACCUCUAGACUUACCUCCUCAGCUUCUUUUCGUUCACCAGGGACAAAAGGACUUGAAGGAACUUCACUGGCACAACCAGAUUCCAGGGAUGAUCAUCUCAACUGCUGCUGAUGGUUUCAACAUCUUGAUGCCUUACAACAUUCAAAACACACUUCCGUCUGAUCUCGCCGCCUGA